AUGGUCAGUGCCCGACGUCAGGAAGAGAAACACGCACGCCCUGAUCUCCUCAGCACUGUGUGCUACUACAAGGACCCGGAAACGGGCCAGAGCCUCAGCUCGAGGAAAUUGUGGUCCGAAGCUACCUUCCUCAUUCCAGCAGACGGCGACACAACCGCGACAACCAUGGCAGCUACAUUCUUCUACCUCUCGCGGUACCCAGCUUGCUAUGCACUUCUGAUGGAAGAGAUUCGCACGACAUUUGCAGACGGCUCGGAGAUUGGAGCUGGACCUAAGCUGAUAGCCUGCAAGUAUCUACGCGCAAGUAUCGACGAGACUCUGCGCAUCAGUCCACCCGCGGGUAGCACGCUGUGGCGCGAGAUCCCUCGUGAUGGAAAGGGUCCCGUUGUCAUUGACGGUCAUGCCGUUCCCGGGGGAACGCGUAUAGGGGUGAAUGUGUAUAUCAUUCAUCACAACGAAAAGUACUUUCCAGAUCCCUGGACCUUUACACCAGAGCGCUCCCUUGAAGAAGGUGAUAUGCAUGAACAGACAUAG